AUGAAAAUCACAUUGCGACCCUAUAGCCUCUCAGAUGUGGAGGAGUUCAUGGAUUGGUGCGAUGAGAAAGUAAUUGCUCGAAGCAGGAUUAGCCAUUAUUCAACAAAGGAAGAGGCAGAGACUUAUUUAAAGGAAGAAGCCAUGCCUCAUCCUUGGUACCGAGCCAUUUGCUUGGACAAUCGUCCGGUGGGGUUCAUCAGCCUUACGCCGGAGUCCGGGAGUUUCAGAUGUAGGGGUGUGAUUAGCUAUGCAGUGGGGUCCAAGUACUGGGGCCAAGGCACUGCCACAAGAGCUGUGGAAAUGGCAAUUCCAAUUGUGUUUGAGGAGUUUCCUGAUAUGGAAAGAUUGGAAGGCUAUGCUGAUGUUGAUAAUAUGGCCUCCCUCAGGGUAUUGGAAAAGACUGGCUUCAAAAAGGAAGGUGUUCUUAAGAAAUACUUUCUAUCAAAAGAGAACAAGUGUAUGGAUGUUGUUAUGUGCAGCAUUAUAAAGAAUAGUCAUGAAUAA